GUAUAAUGAGCUUGGUGCAGAUGGAGCUAAGAACAUUGGAAUGAGCUUGGAGAAGUGCCAAAAUAUAACAUCUUUGAAUCUCAGUCUAAGUGAUAAUAAGCUUGAUGCAGAUGGAGCUAAGAACAUUGGAAUGAGCUUGGAGUAGUGCCAAAAUAUAACAUCUUUGAAUCUGUAUCUCUA